AUGCCAUCACAAAUAAUAGACCUUCCGCCCCCAGCCGAUAUCGAGAGUCCUAGAGAAAUUAGGGAAGAUGGGUUUGACACAACUGCAACUGAAGAUCAAAAGGUGGAUUUCACGCAACAAAGGCAAGACGCGUUUGGAGAUGAAGAAAAUGCAGAGGUCAGAUACAAAGUAUUGAAGUGGUGGCAAUGUGGCCUGCUUCUAGUAGCAGAGACGAUAUCCCUUGGCGUACUUUCACUACCUCGAGCCGUAGCAGGGCUAGGCCUUGCGCCCGCUAUAGUGAUUCUGCUCAGUCUGGGCCUGUUGGCCUCCUACACAGGCUAUGUUAUUGGACAAUUCAAAUGGAGAUACCCUCAUAUAACCAGUAUGGCAGAUGCUGGAGAGGUAUUGAUGGGGCCGUUUGGCCGAGAGUUGUUCUUCGUUGGGCAAAUUCUUUUUCUGAUCUUCUUGAUGGGAAGUCACAUAUUGACAUUCACGGUCGCUCUGAACACCCUCACCAACCAUGCUACGUGCUCCAUUGCUUUUGGGAUCACUGGAUUUGCUGUGUCGCUUUUCCUGUCCUUGCCGCGGACAAUGAAGAAUAUGUCGUGGCUAUCGUUGGCUUCAUUUAUUAGCAUCCUCAGCGCAGUUAUCAUCACAAUGGUGGCCGUUGCCAUCCAACACGCCGGAGCAAUUGCAAAGGCCACGGUUGAAACAAAUCUUGUCAAUGGAUUUACCUCUGCCCUGAACAUUGCUUUAUCAUAUGCCAGCCACAAUGCGUUCUUCAGCGUCAUUGCAGAACUGGAAGAGCCUAGAGACUUCCCGAAGGCUCUCACCUUGCUUCAAUGCAUCGAUAUCUCCAUCUAUCUCGUCGCAGCGGUCGUGGUAUACACUUAUGCCGGGGACAGCGUUGCGUCCCCUGCGCUGGGAUCACUCUCGCCGUUGCUCUCGAAGAUAGCAUAUGGAAUCGCACUGCCAACUAUCAUCAUUGCAGGUGUCAUUAAUGGGCACAUCGCCUGCAAAUCAAUCUAUACUCGGGUAUUUGCUGGCACCGACCGAAUGCAGAAGCGAGAUUUUGUUGCGAUCGGAUCUUGGAUUGGCAUUGCGGUUGGCCUUUGGAUUAUUGCAUGGAUUAUUGCGUCUGCUAUCCCGGUGUUCAGCAACCUUCUUAGCUUGAUGACCGCCUUGUUCGCUAGUUGGUUUAGUUUCGGUGUUCCCGGUGUUUUCUGGCUCUUCAUGAACAAGGGCCUGUGGUUUGCAUCCUAUAGAAAGAUUGCCUUGACCCUGCUUAAUAUGUUCUGUAUACUGAUUGGGGUUAUCAUGUGCGCCCUCGGCUUGUAUGCGUCUGGAAAGGCCAUUCAUGACGACCCUAGUAGUGCCAGUUUUUCAUGUGCUAAUAAUGCAUAA